AUGGGGAGGGGAAAAAUUGAGAUCAAGAGGAUCGAGAAUACCACGAACCGCCAGGUGACCUUCUGCAAGCGUAGGAAUGGUCUUUUAAAGAAAGCCUACGAACUUUCCGUUCUCUGUGAUGCAGAAAUAGCCCUAAUUGUCUUCUCCACUCGAGGUCGCCUCUACGAGUACUCCAAUCACAGCAUAAAAGCAACCAUUGAAAAGUAUAAGAAGGCUUGUGCUGAUAGUUCAAACCCAGGAUCUCUUGUGGAGGUUAACUCACAGCAAUACUAUCAACAAGAAUCAGCAAAACUGCGCCACCAAAUUCAGCUUUUACAAAAUUCAAACAGGCAUUUAAUGGGGGAAGGAUUGAGUUCUCUUACUUUAAAGGAGCUGAAGCAACUUGAAAACAGACUUGAAAGAGGCAUUACAAGGGUCAGAUCAAAGAAGCAUGAGCUGCUCUUUGCAGAAAUUGAGUAUAUGCAGAAACGAGAAGUGGAGCUCCAAAAUGACAAUAUGUACCUUAGGGCCAAGAUAAACGAUAAUGAAAGAGCGGAGCAUGCAAAUAUCGUUCAAGCAGGGACUGAUUUUGACAACCUUCCAAACUUCGACUCCAGGAAUUACUAUCACUUAAACAUAUUGGAAACAGCACCUCAUUACUCACACCAUCAAGAUCAAACUGCCCUUCAUCUUGGGUACGAAACAAAAGCUGAUCAUUCUGCAUAGAAACUUCACACUUACUCUUUGGCUACAUUAAUGUCCUAAUUAUGCAAGCUUUACAUAAACUUCUAGACUUGGUCUUUCAGCAGUCUUGAUACAGUAUCAAAUGUUAGAAAAUCAUACUAUAUUUUUUUCAUGUUGACAUGUUCUAGUUUGUGUUUUGAUGUUAAAGGAUGCGUAUGUCAUGUAACUACCAAAUACUCACUUCAAAUAAUUAAUAGGAACCUGAUAACAUCUAUGAUGCAGCAUAAUUGAGGAAGUUUUAUGAAUUCCAAUGUUGUUCCCCCCUUUGCAGCGAUGUUAAGGUGCUGAUUUUUCUAUUGUUAGGCAAUGGCAUACUCUAGAAAAAUACCCAGGACUAUGAAGAACCAAUGCAGCAUUUGUGUUUUAACUUCUAUUGCCCAAUAGAAAAAACAAAAGAGAAAUUAGACAGUUUAAAUAAUUUCAUAGAAACAUGCUAGAGAAAUUUAGAUGAGCAAGGAAAAAGGCAGAUCAUACAAGAAGUACUCACAUUUCCGUAUAAAUUUAUUUAAUCUUUAAAUGUAAUGACAUGU